CUUGACGUUCUCCGCUGACUACGUGGCUGCGGCUGGAUGAUCGGGUUCGCAGGGCGAGUGGGAACAGGAGCUGGGAUCCGAGAGACGGGAGGGUGGUGGACACGGCGGCGGCAGUGACCGCUCCUGUCCGCGGCUUGGAGGGACAGUCCUCUCGCCGAGGCUUGACCCGAGUGUUGCUGUGGCCUAGGGCGUGCUAUCACAUCUAUCCAGUUAUGUGGAUUCCAGAACUGACACAGUAUUCUAGCUCUGGCCUAACCGAUAUUUUAUAUUGAUCCAGAAUCGCCACCUUUCUACUAAACUCAGUGCUUCAACUAAUAAAGUGAAUGGACUGGUGUUGGUCCACCUCAGCCUGUGAUCAGGAUGGUGGGACAGAAGCAACUCUGGAGUGUCCUGGUGGUUUUUUGCACUUGUAGUAUGUUUCUGCCUCUGGCCAGUGCAGAUAUCCACAGAGCCAAUGCCAAGAAGCUGGCACGAAAGGCAGCGGCUGCACAAGCUGCCAUUGGCAGCAACAGAUGGUGCCCUGAAAACGUGUUUGAGUUUCGCUCAUGGUCAGAACUAUUCACUGGAGAGCGUGUUGAUGCCUGGAUCUGCUCUUUGAUUGGCUCAGUCAUGGUUGGGCUCAGUGGUAUCUUUCCUCUCCUAGUCAUCCCGGUCGAAGCUGGGGCCUCAUUAAAAUCAAAAGAUGGGUCCCAACGUUUGAAACGGUUGUUGAGUUUUGCCAUUGGUGGGCUGCUCGGGGAUGUCUUUCUCCACCUAUUGCCUGAAGCAUGGGCCUACACAUGCAACAGUAAUCCAGAUGGAAGCCACAGUCGUAAACAGCAGAGGAAGUUGGGAUUGUGGGUAAUCGUUGGAUUGCUUGCGUUUUUCAUUUUGGAGAAAUUAUUCCCAGAUAAAGAUGAGGAUAAAGAGUACCACAAAGAACCUUUUGAGAUCAAGAAUGGACAUGUCUGUCUAGAUAAAGCAAUUAAACACCUUAAAAAUGGAAAACUCAUUCCCUCUGCUAGCACUCGCCGUAAUGGUUCUUGUGUCCAGCUUAGUAAUGGCCACUGCCGUAACUCCACUCUGCAGCUCAAGGUUUCAACUCAGCCGGUUCAAGUCAUUAAGAUUAGUGGGUACCUGAACCUUAUUGCCAAUGGUAUUGAUAACUUCACACAUGGUCUAGCAGUGGCUGGGAGCUUCCUCGUCAGCAGAAAGGUUGGACUCACAACAACGCUGGCUAUUCUUCUCCACGAAGUUCCACACGAGGUUGGAGACUUUGCCAUCCUGCUCAGGGCUGGUUUUGAUCGGUGGAGUGCAGCGAAAAUGCAGUUGACAACUGCAUUUGGAGGAGUGUUGGGGGCAUGCUUUGCCAUGUGUGCAGAGUCUCCAGAAGGAGCAGGGGACAGUGUAGCUUGGAUUCUACCAUUUACUUCAGGUGGAUUUCUGUACAUUGCUCUGGUUUCUGUGGUACCUGACCUCCUUCAAGAAAAGGAUGUGUGGAACUCUGUGUGUCAGGUGUUAUUGUUGUGCUGUGGGAUUGGAGUCAUGAUGCUGGUCUCUGCUAUUGUUUAACUGAGGCCCUGGAUUAUCCUGGAUCAGUAGGCUGUUUCAGUACCACCGAGGGAAAGGUAACUUGCAGCCAGCUUUCUUCAGGCCAUUGAUCAGCAAAAUGAACUACUGUACCAUUGUCGUUCCUCCCCCACCCCAUGUCUCCUGGAAACUGAGUUUGGUCACGGAGACUUGCUAAAUGACUCUUAUCCGGCAGUAAAAUGCUGAACCAAAGAAAAAUGCAAUAAGCCAGAUGUUGCACAACUAGGAACAGCCACUACAUAAAUUGAUGGUGCUUCACUGUCGGACAGCGAACUCCUCAGCUUACCUUAUGAGUCAUGUUGUUGCUCCGUUAGAAGUGCUCAGCCAUGUUGAGUUCCAAAUUUGCAUAGACUGGCCCUGACACCACACUUUUUAUUCAAAAGUAGCAUAGGAAAUGUUGACAGGUGAACCUUGCCAAUUGCUGUUACAUUGUUAACGUGAGAUUGUAAUCUGGAGUUUGCCAUUGCUUUUUGACACAGGUCAGACAUCAAUAGCGAAAAGCACUGUGAUGCUGCAGUAAAUACUGUUGUUGCAGUACUUCCACUUCGAUGGGUCUGCUCGAAUCUAUGCCCUGCCAAAGUCAAAAAUCCAAAGUCAGUUGGAUGUGUACUGGAGGAGUCAGGGGUCAGUAAGCUCUCCCGGAACAAAAUCAUCAAUAAUAGUUGUCAUUUUGUCCUGAUAACAUCAGGAUUAAUGACUCCCUUUUCAAUUAUAUUACUAGAAUGUAAACAGCAAUAAACCAAAAGGAACUGAGUCGAACCUGACUCAAUUUCCCACUGGUUCUCUCCAAAUACCCCCCAAAAGCUAUCAGUUUGCCGUAUAUCCCCUGAUCUCGUUUGCCAAACAUUGUCUAGUUGUCUCGAUCUUGUUCACAAACACUAUCUGUCAGGCCAUCUUGACCCUAAUUGCCAAACACUGUCUGUCUGACCCCCUCGAUUCUAUCCCCCAAACACUGUCUGUCUGAACUCCUUGAUCUUUUUCCCCAAACACUGUCUGACCCCUUCAAUCCUGUUCUCCAAAAACUGUCUGACUAACCCCCUCGAUAUUAGUCUUCAAACACUACACAUCUGACCCCCCCCAUCCUAUUUCCCAUACGUUAUCCGAGUCCCUUGAUCGUGUGUCUGUCAUAUCCUAUUUACCAAAUUAUUACUUGUCCCCAAGAUUUCUACACUUCUUGUAAUCAGAUUGCACAUGACAUAUGAUAAUAGUAUUUGCGGCGGUUAGAUAGCAAAACCAAAAGAAAUGUGCAGUUUCCCAGAUCAGUUGGGGUGUAUAAGCAUAACUAUGCUUUUGGUGUGUGGCAUCUGCCCAUUUACUACAGUGCAAUAACUAUGCCAUCUGCAAAAUCAAACCUUUUUGCUCGGCACUGCCAUACUAAUGGAAUCAGUUACCAUGUUAGGAAGUAAAGACAUUCCUCAGUCUGUGUGCUCAGAUGAGGGCUAUGGACUGACUGUUAGUACCAGCUGUUAGUGUUAUUGGUGCUGUCUGCUCCAGUGUGAGGCUGUUGCUCAUUGCACGCGACUGAGAUCUUCAGCACCUCACAGCUAUAUACAGACCUUGCGAUAAAAUGAAGCUCUCCGCACUUUCUCCUAUCUCCAGGCACAGAUUUUAUUUUCCUCAUUCUUUUUAAAAAUUUUAUGUAUUUUCAUUUUACUUGUAAAUAUUUAGCAUGAAAUAUUUAAUAAAAUAUGCAUAUUCAGUU